GUUGAACAGUAAAGAUCAUUUUACCACAAAGCGAACCCAAGUAAACUGCAAAAAUGGCCUACGAAACUCUGCUGAACACCACCUACAGUGCUGCCUGCCAGAAGAAGACCUACACCCCCGCCAAGGCCAUGAAGAAGAUCUUCAAAGUGGCCUGCAAAAUCUUCAAGGCUUCUGGCCACCAGCAACUGAAGAAUCAGAGCAUCCCGAAGGAGCUCCCACUGCCACCGACCUCCGAUGAAGAGUUCCAGAACUCCCAGAACGAAAAGCUGGAAGCCGAGCUCGUGCAACUGUGAUCGAGGAAAAUGGGAAAUUCCGAAAAAUCAACUUCCUAAACAGCUUUAAGACUUCAUCGGAAUCGGUCUCUAAACAUCCGCACAUCAGCUUUAACUCCACACUGAGCAAGUGGACAUUUAAAAAUGCAUAAAUAUCCAGCUUUAAUCAUUGUCUUCCAUCUAUGUUUAAGUUAACGAAUAAAUACAUAAUAUUAAUAUUGAAA